AGGUGUUGGAAAAGUCUAGAAGACCACACUGCCUCAUCACUACUUCUCUUUCACUAUAAAUAGGAUCAUACCCAUAAAUACAGUCCACCAGAUAGUCUCAUUUGAUUUGUGAUCUCUCAUCUCUACAAUCUGAUCAUUUUCCACCGUUUCUAAGGGGUGUUCUGAGAUCACAUAGAACGAUGGUGAAGGCUGUGGCUGUUCUUGGAGCUAGUCCGAAUGUCUCUGGCACUAUCUACUUCACCCAGGAAGGAGAUGGACCAACUACAGUAACUGGAAGUAUUUCUGGUCUUAAACCUGGACUCCAUGGCUUCCAUGUGCACGCUCUUGGAGACACAACAAACGGUUGCAUGUCAACUGGACCACAUUUCAAUCCUGCUAGCAAAGAGCAUGGCGCUCCUGAAGAUGAGAAUCGUCAUGCUGGUGAUCUGGGAAACGUCAAUGUUGGUGCUGAUGGCACAGUAAAUUUCACAAUCAUUGACAAGCAGAUUCCCCUUUCUGGACCAAAUUCCAUUAUUGGAAGGGCUGUUGUUGUCCACGCAGAUCCAGAUGAUCUUGGCAAGGGAGGACAUGAACUUAGCAAGAGCACUGGAAAUGCAGGUGGCCGAGAAGCUUGUGGUAUCAUUGGUCUCCAAGGAUGAACUGCAUCUUCUAAUCCCUACUCUGCUGUAUGCUUUGCAAAGGACUUGUCGAGAACUCUUCUAAAUAAAUAACAAACUUUUGUCCACUCUCUUCAGGUCUAUUUUUGUGAUCCUAAAUUAGGUACUGUACUCUGUCGUAUGCUUCGCGAAGGACUUGUCGAGAACUCAACAAACUUUUGUCCACUCUCUUCAGGUCUGUUUUUGUGAUCGUAAAUUAGGUACUGUACUCUGUUGUAUGCUUUGCGAAGGACUUGUCGAGAACUCUUCUAAAUAAAUAACAAACUUUUGUCCA